UUAUGGUCACUGACUUCAUCUGGGGAGGCCGGAAAUGCUGUUGCUACCCCGUGAAACCGGCUUUCCUUUGUCCUGCAGUUUUUAACUUAGAUCUGCACGCUGAAGAUUCCCUCCAGCUCCUCCCAGCCCUGGACUUUGUGCCUCUCUCCGAUUACUGAUUGUGGGUCUGUGAGUGUUCCUGUGGGUUUUUAUUUGUUCACACUUACUGAAAAGUAUGUGUGUGUGACAAAGAGGAAGAGAGCUGGGCAGGCUUUUCUGGUCCGUAUCCCUCAGUUGGCUGCCUCUACAGUCAAGUGGUGACUCCAGUGGAGAGCUUGGAGAUGAAGGUCCCAUGCAGAAUCCUUGCAGUGGCUCCUCUGUUCCUGCUCCUCCUCUUUUGCUCCUGGGCCUCUCCAGCUCCCGAUGACCAGUUCAGCAUGGGUCACUCCAAAAGGCACCAGUGUAUAGGGUGUGUGCUGGUGCUGUCUGUGAUCACACAACUGGCUCAAGUUCACAACUCUACAGUGGAGGCCUCAAUGGAGAGACUGUGUGGCUACUUGCCUGGAAAGCUCUACCUGAAGACCACGUGUUAUAUAUUGGUUCACGUGUUUGGAUCAGACAUCAUCAAGCUCCUGCCCUGGGAUCGCUCCCAGCCGAAGCCUCCUCUGGUCCGCUCCCCGCGGCUCCUUCCAUGCUUCGCUCCGAAGCCUCUACCGGUCCGCUCUCCGCGGCUCCUUCCGGGCUUCACUCCGAAGCCUCUACCGGUCCGCUCUCCGCGGCUCCUUCCGGGCUUCUACUUCCCCCCAGGGGUGGCACCAGUAUAUAUACGGAUACAGUGUCCAAUCAUGUUAAACCUGCCCUGGGAUCGCUCCCAGCCGAAGCCUCCUCUGGUCCGCUCCCCGCGGCUCCUUCCGUGCUUCGCUCCGAAGCCUCUACCGGUCCGCUCUCCGCGGCUCCUUCCGGGCUUCUACUUCCCCCCAGGGGUGGCACCAGUAUAUAUACGGAUACAGUGUCCAAUCAUGUUAAAGCUUGAUGCAGACAUGAAUGUUGACAUUGUGUGUCACACUCUGGAGUUCUGUAAGCAGGACGCUGGCCAACCUCGGUGUCAUCUCUACCCGCUUCCCAAGGAGGCAUGGAAAUUGACACAAGAGAAAGCAAGACAUAUUGUCAAGAAGUCCACAGCCAUGAAAUAUCUCAGAAGUGGUUCUGAUAUAUGCUCACUCCCAUUUCUGGCCAAGAUCUGUCAGAAAAUUAAAGUGUCUAUACAAACUUCCAUGCCACUCAAAGAUGCUGACUCAGACAAAUAUAGUGUUUUCCCAACGCUGCGGGGCUACCACUGGCGAGGGAGAGACUGUAACGACAGUGACAAGACUGUGUACCCAGGCAGAAGGCCGGACAACUGGGAUGCCCAUCGAGACUCCAACUGCAAUGGCAUCUGGGGUGUUGAUCCCAAAGAUGGAAUCCCCUACGAGAAAAAGUUCUGCAAAGGUUCACAGCCCAGGGGAAUCAUUUUGCUGGGAGACUCAGCUGGGGCUCAUUUUCACAUUCCUCCUGAAUGGCUCACAGCUUCGCAGAUGUCUUUGUCCUCCUUCUUCGAUUUGCCAACGGCUCUUACCGACGAGUUCAACUGGCCCCAGCUCUCCGGUGCUACGGGAUUUAUGGACUCCACCAGUGGAAUGGAAGAAAAAUCUAUUUACCUUCGUUUACGGAAAAGAAACCGCUGUAACCACAGGGAUUACCAGAACAUUUCAAGAAAUGGUGCAUCUUCCCAAAAUCUGAAGAAGUUUAUAGAAAGCUUGUCUAGGAACCAGCUGUUGGACAAUCCGGCCAUCGUCAUAUAUGCCAUGAUCGGAAAUGAUGUCUGCAAUGGGAAGGCUGACCCCAUCCCAGAAAUGACCACUCCAGAGCAGCUCUACUCCAGCGUCACAGAGACUCUGAAGCACCUGGAUUCCCACCUGCCCAAGGGCAGCUACGUGGUUUUACACGGCUUGCCAGAUGGAACCUUUCUCUGGGAUAACUUGCACGACAGAUAUCAUCCUAUCGGUAUCCAUUUGAGAAACUUUAGUAACGUCUGUACAUGUCUGGUUCGAUGUACACAGAGCCCUUCUAGGAACGGCCAAAGCACAUCACAGAAUGUAGGCCAGCUAAACAAAGACGUGACUUACGCACAGCUGUUCUCCUUCCUGAACUGCCUGCAGGUCAAUGCCUGCCAUGGGUGGAUGUCCUCCAACAAGACCCUCCGGACUCUCACCUCCGAGAGAGCACAGCAACUCUCCAAUACACUGAAAAAAAUUGCAGCCAGCGAGAAGUUUACAAACUUUGAUCUUCUCUACAUGGAUUUUGCCUUUAAAGAAAUGGUAGAAGAGUGGCAGAGACGAGGUGGGCAGCCCUGGCAGCUCAUCGAGCCCGUGGAUGGAUUUCACCCUAAUGAGGUGGCUUUGUUGCUGUUGGCAGAACUUUUCUGGAAGAAAAUGCAGCUCCAGUGGCCCCAGGUCCUGGGAAAGGAGAAUCCAUUCAAUUCCCGGAUUGAGCAGGUGUUUGGGGACCAAGGUGGGCACUGAGCAGCUUCCCUGGGCAGCACAAAUCUGGAUGCACUCAACAGUCCACCCUGGAGGCUGCCAUCAGGCCACCGAGGAUCCUCUUCCUAUAUCUUUGUGAAGCCCUCCCCUCUCUAUUUAAAGUAUGGCUAAAAGGCAGUGUGACACUUUAUGCUUCCGGGUUCAAUUUCCUGCCCGCUACCCCUGAAAUGACCUUUAAUAAGAGACUUUGGGGACCGUUCCAGGAAGGGAUAUUUCUGUGCCCUUCAACGUUAAUUGUUCCUAAAGGAGCUUCUACAAACACAGAUGCCACCCUACAGGACUUGGCCUUUCAUGGGGUCUGGUGUAACCAGUGAAGGUGACUUCGAGGUGGCCACGGACGGCAUUAACAGGGGCCUCUGCAGAGGAGAGCUGCCAAAGACACUCACAGGCAAUGUCUGCCGAGGUUUCAUGCAUCCACUUUCAAAACCGAGCACAAAACCUUGAAUACAAAAUUCCAUACAAACUCAAAUAGUUAUCUACAAGGAGAACAGGACUCAUAACUAAGUAAUAACCUUUAAAAGUCAGCAAGUACCAUAAGCCCACAAAGUCCAUAGAUAUGAUCACUGUUUUUGGUUAAAACUUUUUCUUACAUUCUUUACCUGCAUGAUCUGAUUGCCUCUUCUUUAUAACAAUGAUUUUGUGAUAUCAUUGCCUAUAGGAAGCACUGAAAAAUAAAAUUUGUUCCUUCUUGUUGA